AUGGCGUACAUGGAAGCCGUGGGGGAUGAUGAACAAGUUUCAAAGGAUACUUUUGUUUCCGAUACUCCCAGAAUCAUACCAACCGUGAAGAUUUUUGGGAAAAGGAUGAGGCGGUGCAUGAUUGUCGCUGCAAACUGUAUAGCAAUUUGGAUGAGGAUAUCAGACUUGGCUGUUGGAAAAUAUGGCCCCAUCUAG